AACAAAAACUGAUAAAUCAGCUUCCCUGUCAAUUAAUGAUAUUUACGAUGAGGUGAUAAAGAAGGAUGGUGGUCUUGGCAUGGAUUUAGAACGUGUCAGAGCUUCUCUUAUCCAGCUUGGUUGUCAAAUCCCCACAACUGGAAUGGAUGAAACAUAUAGCAUUGAUUUAAAAAACAUUAUUGAACAGGCUCAAAAUGAAGAGGUGGAAUCUGUUGUAUUGAAAAGAUAUGGAAGGGAAGCCUAUAGGAUUUUCAGGUUACUUUCAAAGUUUGGCCGUCCUCUUGAGACUGACAAGAUUUCAGAUACCACGUUCGUGGAGAAGAAAGAUACAUUGAAGAUUCUAUACAAGCUUUGGAAGGAUGGCUACUUGCAUAUGGAGAAAGUCUCAGUAAAUGGACCUAAACAGACACUGUUUUUGUUGUGGGAAAUAAAUAAGGAGUCUCUUUGGGUACUUGUUCUUGAUGAAAUGUACCAUGCUUCAUUGAACUUGCGACUGCGAAUCACCUAUGAGCUAGAUCAGGAAAAAGAGAUUCUUCAGUUGCCUAAAGAAAAGCUUGUCGGGGAACUGGAAAAAAGAUACAAGCGUUUGGGAAAAGUUAGGAUUAUUCUAGAAUCUUCAUUGAUGAAUCUUGAUGGCGCUCUUCUGCUCUUCCAUGAUUUCUGAAUACAAGGUGUUUUUUUUUAAGAACCGAUAAGUACUAAGAAUUUCUGGAACUCGCAGUCAAAGAAACAUUUCAGCAGCAUAGGCAGUUCCGGGCCAUCCUUUUCUGAGACGGUUAUGAAAUCUUAAUCCUCAUUGCAGUGGGAGAAUGUUAAGAGUCGAGGCUAAUUCAAGUCUUCCUAUGAAUGCUUGCUUCUUAAAAUCCGUAAUCGGGAUGUAAAUCUAAAUGUGGACUGUUUCAUCUGUCUCUGGAAUUCUGAGGUUGGAAAGUCAUUUUUAAAAAGUAGCAUCUGAAUGUGCGUCAAUGUUAAUUAAUUUAGAAUUAAUAUCAAGAAAUAUAUACGUGAUAAUGAAUGUUAAAUUAUUUAUUUAA